UUAGCUCCUCCUGAAUUGACUUAUCCAUUAAUCUUUUCUUUUUACACUCUCUCUUCUCUCUCUCUCUCUCUCUCUCUCUCUCUCUCUUAAAAUGAAAAAAGCCUCGGAGCCUCUGGUUGUUGGGAGAGUGAUAGGAGAUGUUCUUGAUUCCUUCACUGCAACAACAAAAAUGUCUGUCACUUACAACACCAAGCUAGUCUGCAAUGGACUUGAGCUCUUUCCUUCUGUUGUCACAGCCAAACCUAGAGUUGAGAUUCAAGGAGGGGAUAUGAGAUCUUUCUUUACUUUGGUGAUGACAGACCCAGAUUUUCCUGGCCCUAGUGAUCCUUAUCUAAGGGAGCACCUGCACUGGAUUGUGACAGACAUUCCAGGCACCACAGAUGCCACAUUUGGAAGAGAGGUGGUGAGUUAUGAGAUGCCGAAGCCCAAUAUUGGCAUCCACAGGUUUGUGUUUGUUCUCUUCAAGCAGAAUCGAAGACAAUCAAUCAACACACCUUCCUCGAGGGAUCACUUCAGCACUCGAAGCUUCGCGGCUGAAAAUGACCUGGGUCUUCCUGUCGCUGCCGUCUACUUCAACGCGCAGAGAGAAACUGCAGCUAGAAGACGCUAGCUAGUAGCUCUACCCAGAACUCCUCCAUCCAUUAUCCAUAUAUAUGUUAAAUAAAGGCUUCUUUAUAGAUAGGCUAUUGUAACUCUUGUUUCCCGAUAACCUAAAUUUUAACUUGUUAUUACAAAUU